AGAAACCCUGGCGACAGGGCUGGUUCGAGCCGCUGCCCUGGCCUGUCUAUUCCACCUCGCCAAACAGACACGGCCACCCAUCGUCUCGUCAUCCCGUCAUCCCGUCAAUUUCACCAGCCAUGAAUGCCGCACCGUUUGUUUGGCCGUCCGGAAAGAAGCUCAUCGUGUACCACACGGCAUGGUCCGGCUACGACCGCAAAUUCCAGGUCAAAGACCUGCCCAUCAACUAUAUCAGCGAUAUCAACUAUGGCUUUUGGAAUCUUGUCCGAGACCCCAAGUCAGGCUACUACGGUAUUGCCACCGGCGACGCCUGGGCGGACUACGAAAAGCGCUUCACUGGGCCAGACGAGGGAGUGACUCCGCCUGAUACCUGGAACGACGACAAUAAGGGCCUAUACGGCAACUUUGGCCAGUUCAAGAAGCUCAAGGACUUGGGCAUCCGAUACAACCUGGGCAUCAGCAUCGGUGGCUGGAGCUGGAGCUCGCAUUUUUCGGAUGCCGUUGUGUCGCCACAGGCCCGGCAGUUUUUUGUUCAAUCUAUCAUCUCCUUUUUGGAUCGUUACCCCAUCUUUAACCGAGUGGACAUCGACUGGGAAUACAUCAGCCCUCCCGGAAAAAACUACGGUCUGGAUGGAAACGUAGUCCGUGGCGAGGAUCCGCACAACUUUGCAGAGUUCCUGGCUCUCCUUCGCUCACGGCUGAAUGAAACCGGCCGCGGGUCGUUUGAGAUAUCGGCAUGUAUUGCAAGCGAUCCUGUCAAGAUGAAUGUCCUCCCGCUGCAAGCCAUGGUCGCCUAUCUCACCACCAUCAACGUCAUGACCUACGACCUGGGCUCCUCCUCGUGGGGGGCCGCGGCAGCCGGCCACCACACUAACCUCAAGUCGACGCCCUAUGCGCCUCUCUCGGUCGAGCUGGCUGUCGACACGCUCCUAUCCCGAGGAGUCCCGGCGAGCAAGAUCGUGAUCGGCGCCGCAUUCUACAGCCGCGGGUUUGCCAACUGCGACGGGCUGGGCACACCCUCCAGCGGCGUAGUGUCGGAUCGAUCAUGGGAGGAUGGUGUCUGCGACUACAAAACGCUUCCACGACCUGGGGCCGUCGAGUAUUGGGAUGAGAAUGCCAAGGCCGGCUAUUCAUACGAUCCCCAGAAGCGCAUUUUGAACUCGUACGACACAGUCCAGUCGCUCGAGGAAAAGUGCAAGUACGUCCACGGCAAGGGACUCGCAGGCAUCAUCGUGUGGGAGAGCAGCGGCGAUGUCCCCGUCAACCACCCGCGCUCGCUCCUUCGUGCGCUCUACCAGGGACUUUCAGGCUUGUGAGGCUCAUGGACUGGCUGCGUUGGGCGAUACUUGGGAUCCGAGCAUGAGAUGGAAUAUGAAUUUGGAAUGCCACCGA